GUGACACGCAAACACAAUACGUGAGUCCUUCUACAGAAGUUGGUAUACAGUAGUCAAUUGAUGGUUUGGAUGAUCAAUGUGGAUUAGGACUAAACGAAGGGAAAGCUCAAGAGAAUAGCCGGGCCAAGAUUGGCGAAGACCCUGUCUUGUGACAACCAUCUUGCUUGCCUCCGACCCACUUGUCUAGCUUUGCAAGUUUCUUCGGCCGAAAAACACGGAGGCACUUUGUUAUCAGCGUGAUGGCCGGAACCAGCGGACAACGACAAGUCUGUACACAUGUGGAUAGGUCAGUUGCUGCAAUCUUGUGAACGAUUGUCCAUUGCUUGACUGUCUACCGUAAGUACUAGUCAAGAUGGUCAUCGUUGCAUUGGCUGGUUGGAAUAGCGGACUCGGCAGGGUAAUCUGGGACGCAUUGCAACAGUCAGAAAAACACAAAGGCUUUAUCUUGACACGAAAGGUGCCGGAAGCAGUAGACACUAAGCGUUUUGCACCAAGUGCUUUCGCUAUACCGUACCCUUGGGGAUCUGUUGAUGUUCUUCCUCCAUUGAAGUAUUACUUCGAAGCCAUAGAGACCCUUGAAAAAUCUGAUCUUGAGUGGACCGUAUUCCUAAAUGGUGUUUUCCUCGACUACCAUGGCAUGCUGCAGAUUAAAGCCCAUCUGGCUCCAAAUGUCUUUGCUAUAGACAUGGUGAACAAAGUAGCUGCGAAAUCUGGAGAUUGGCAACAUCCCAGUCACGUUCACAUGGUCCAUGGACCUCGCCAAGUUUAUCGUCGCGGCGCUCGAUCUGCCAACCUGGGAAGAAGAGAGUCGCGUCAUUGGUGAUGAAGUAACCUUCAAUAAUUUUGUCGAUGUGGCAGAGAGAAUUAUAGUGUCCGUACCCGGCCGUCAAGGUAUGCAUACUGGGAGCAUACAUCAUGGACGUGCGAUGACCC